ACCGUGGAGAGGGUGACGGUCAUUUUCCAUGAUGCUCUGCAGUUUGUGCAGCGUCCUCCUGUUUUACACCACCUCCAAAAGAACCGAGCUCCACCCCCCAGAACUGAGCCAGCCUUCCCGAUGAGCUAAGUGACGUGAGAUGAGCUCUCAGGUGUAGAGAGCACAGACGCAGCUGUUCAAAGUUUCAAAACAUGGCUCUGCGUCUGUUCGAGGGGAAAGAUCAUGCAGCUGCUUACCUGCAGUACAGAGUUUCACCCCAUGAGCUAAUCUGCAGGAUCAUGGACUACAUGGAGACAAAGAUGCCAAAACAGUUCGACCUUGCAGUGGAUGUUGGCUGCGGUUCAGGGCAAGGAACGAUCCUGUUGGCUCCGUACUUCACCAAGGUUGUCGGAACAGACGUCAGCCCCGCCCAGCUGAAGAUGGCGGUGGCCAAUAGCAUCCCUCCAAAUGUAUCGUACAGACAGUGUUCAGCAGAAGAGCUACCGUUUGCCUCUGGUGGAGUCGACCUUGUGACAGCUAUGACGGCGGCUCACUGGUUCGACCGCCAGAAGUUCCUCCUUGAAGCCGACAGGGUGCUGAGGCCUGGAGGCUGCCUGGCUCUCCUGAGCUACUCCAUGGACAUGGAGCUGGAGUAUGGGGACGUCUCCAACGCGCUCAACGACAUCUGUAAAGAGUUUUACGCUGCCCUGCUUCCUUACCGAAAUCCCUACCUAGGAUCGAGCUCUGUGAAGAUCUACUUGGACAUGUUUGACUCCUGUCCAUACCCGGACAAAGAGUGGAAUGAGUGUCUCCGUGUAAAAAGGAUCACGCCACUCAACGGGUACAUCGGCAUGGUGGAGACUUUCUCCAGCUUCCAGAUACUGCAACAAAAGGACCCCGUUGAGGCUGAACGUCUUUCUAAUGAAGCCAGGAACAAGUUGAUGUCUGCCAUGAAGGUGUCUUCUCCGGACGCCGAGGUCACAGUGGUUGUCAAGUAUUUCUAUUGGCUGGCGUGCAAACCUUGACGAUUCUGACUGACUCCGGUGGUUCC